CUGAUUGGUGGACUUGCCUCACGUGUAACCUUGGAUACGCGUUCCCGCCCACAAAGGCUAUAUUGACCAAAUCGGAGGCUAAUGUCCGAGAUUAGGAUUAUUCUUCAACUGCAUUAGCUACAGUUUGGAUUUGGGGGUAUCCGUUUGCGGGUUGCAACGGACAUGCCAUAAACAGAAUGUGUGAAUUUAACGUCCUUCCUUUCUUUUUAUAUGCGGAGUUGGAAAUUUAAGCAAUGAGACAUUAAAAUACCUUAACCUGUGCGUUAACUACCGGCGACCUAAUUAACCCAGAUAACGCUAUUUAGGCUAACUGGGUUAGCUAGCUAGCUAUGUGACCAAAAUUCCUUGAAAACUCCGUCGUAUUUUAUUGAGGUGUACGCAGCAAAAACGUUUGGGUUGAUGCUUAGCUAGGUUAUCUGGCUAGCUAACCAGGUUAACUAAUUCAGAAAAGACAGCUAUCUUAACUGCAUCAGAGCCUCACGGGUCGCUUAGCGGUCUGGCUUCAUUUACUUUGUGCACUUGCUCGAUACGCAAGCGAUCGAUUCAAGGACUGGAAAUAGCAAACUGGCAAGGUCUAUGGCAAGGAUAUCUAGCCGUGUUUUAUGUAUCUUAACGACGUACUAAUGUUUACCUGUAGCAUGUCCACAGUCACGACGGCUUUUUGCCCCUACAGUUCAGAUGCGACCGCCGAAGUAAACGACGCUUGCUAGCUCGCUACGUUCACGCAACGCAGCUCCUUCGCCUACAGACGUGGAUACGAGGUGAUGUUAAAAAACUGGUCAAACUCGAGGGGCAUAAAGUCUGUCCUCGGUGCGCCUCGGUGGACAUGUCAUUUCCAGCAGAAUGCAUCCCGAUGGCAACAGCAGCAGAGCCGAUAGCGGCGGCGGCGGUGGUGCCGAUGCCCCCAUGCCGAGCGCUUCAGCCGUUUCGUGUCUCCGAGUCUUCCCCGCUCUCGCCCUCGGUAUCGCUGCGGCGGCGGUGCUUUUCCAGCUUGGCUGUGGAGGACUUACCAUAACGUCGUUUUUCCUCAAGAUCUUCGUUUAUCUGUCCUUCGCUUUGCUUUGUUUCUUGCUGGGGAGUUUGGGGUUGCUCGCAAAGAAGACUGCCCCCCAAAUAGCUACAUUUGACCCCUCUAAGAGGCAGUCGCCAAACCUGUUGGAUUUGUUCAACAAAUUGAUGGGAAGGUUCUCUAUGCCCCUGCUGGACUCCGCACAGACCAGACGUGUAGUGGUGUCGCACAGCGUGGAUAAAGCCCUUAAAGAAGUGUUCGACUACAUCUACAGGGACUACAUCCUGUCGUGGUACGUGUCCCUGAGUCGAGAUGAGGGCCAACUCUAUCAGAUACUCUCUGAGGAUUUCUGGGAGAUAACCAAACAGCUGCGGGCUCGUGUGUCUGAGGUGGACGUGGUUAACGUAGUUUGCAAUGACGUUGUCAAGACCCUCCAUGCUCAUUUCUGUGAACUCAAAGCUGCCAACACCAGACAGGAGGAGUUUCCAAGGCCCCUCCCACUUCACCCAUGCCUGCGCAGCUCCGUGGAGGAGAGGAGGUUCCUGCGCUGCUGCUCACGCCUGCUCGUGCUCCACCUGCUGCCAGCACGCGAUGCUUGCUCCCGUUCGCUCCGCCUUGUCCUCGUCGAGGUCGUCGCCGCAAGAGUGCUGAAGCCACUGGUGGACGCGCUAAGCGACCCCGACUACAUCAACCAGAUGCUACUGGCCCAGCUGGAGCAUCGCGAGCAGGUGAACGAGCACCACAAGAAGGCGUAUACGUACGCACCCUCCUACGAGGAGUUCAUCAAACUCAUCAGCAGCAGCUCCGACAUCGACUUUCUCAAACAGCUCAGGUAUCAGAUAGUGGUGGAAAUCAUCCAAGCAACCACAAUCAGCAGCAUCCCCCAGCUCAAGAAACAGAAAGACAGUAAAGGGAAGGAAACUGCCGCCAUGAAGGCGGACUUGCUAAGAGCCAGAAACAUGAAGCGCUACAUUAACCAGCUCACCGUGGCCAAGAAGCAGUGUGAGAAGAGGAUCCGGCUGCUGGGGGGUCCCAACUACGAGCAGCAGGAGGACGGGAACCAGGAUGAGGGGGACGGACCCCAGGGCCAGAAGAUUCUGCAGUUUGAGGAGAUCAUGUCGAACGCUGUGUUCCGGGAACAUUUCCGCGUCUACAUGGAGCGAGUAGAUAAGAGAGCCCUGAUAGGCUUCUGGGAGCUAGUGGAGACUCUCAGGAGCGCUAACAAGAGUGAGGUACCUCAGCUGGUAGGGGAGAUCUACCAGAACUUCUUCGUAGAGAGCCGCGAGAUCCCUGUGGACAAAGCCCUGUACAGGGAGAUCCAGCAGACCCUGGUGGGGAACAAGGGCACAGACGUCUUUCACAAGAUCCAGAAUGACGUCUACGAGACCAUGAAGGAGCGCUAUUACCCGUCCUUCCUGGUGAGCGACCUGUACGAGCGCCUCAUGAAGCGGGAGGAGCAGAGGAGCGGCUCGCAGGCCAGCAGCGAGGACAAAGACGACGGGUGCCAGUCCAUGGAUGGGGGAGAGCUUGCUGUGGAUGAAGGCAGUAAAGGCAUUAAUGAGCAAGCCAGCUAUGCUGCCAACAAACUCCGGCAACUUUAUGAAAGACUGGAGUACAAACGGCAAGCACUGGGCUCCAUACAGAAUGCACCCAGGCCAGACAAAAAGAUCGUGUCCAUCCUGCGGGAGGAGAUCAUGACGAUGGAGAAGGAACACGGCGAGCUACAGCUGCACAUCUCCCGCACAGACUGGUGGUGCGAGAAUCUAGGUACCUGGAGGGCCGCCAUCAGCGCCGCGGAGGCCUGUGAGGAGAAUGGCGAGCAGAUGCCAUGUUAUUCUGUGGAGGUGAGUCUGUUAGACGGAGAUGAGUCUACGAACAGCCGUUGGAGUGUCACCAGGAAGCUGAGUGAGUUCCAGUCCCUGCACAGGAAGCUGACUGAGUGUUUCCCCUCAUUGAAGAAGGUCCAGCUUCCCUCUCUCAGUAAACUGCCAUUCAAGUCCAUUGACCAGAAAUUCCUUGAGAAAUCCAAAAAUCAGCUGAACACAUUUUUACAGAAGAUGCUGACAGACGAGCGUCUGUGCCAGAGCGAGGCGCUCUAUGCAUUCCUCAGCCCGUCACCAGAGCACCUUAAGGCCGUGGACGUCCAGAAGAAAUCCUCCUUCUCCCUGGCUUCGCUGCUCGAGAGACUGCCUGGGGAUUUCUUUUCCCAUCAGGAGGACGAGGCCGACGAGGACAGCGAUUUCUCCGACUACGGCGACGAGGUGGACGGGAAGAAAGACGCCCUCGCCGAGCCCUUCUUCAUGCUCAUCGGAGAGGUCUUUGAACUCAGGGGCAUGUUCAAGUGGGUCCGGAAGACGCUGAUUGCACUAGUUCAAGUCACAUUCGGACGCACCAUAAACAAAAGACUCGGUGCUAGAUCUCUGACUCUCUCUGUGAUGCCCUCCAGGCAAAUCAGAGACACAGUGAACUGGAUCUUCAGUGAACAGAUGAUGGUUUACUACAUCAAUAUAUUCCGGGACUCAUUCUGGCCUGACGGGAAGCUGGCACCGCAAGGCGAAGCUCGCUCGGAAGUCGAACGCCGCAACACCAAGGACAAAGCCCAGCAGAAGCUGCUCGACAACAUCCCAGAUGCACUACAGAACCUUGUGGGGCAGCAGAAUGCCAGGUACGGAAUCAUCAAGAUCUUCAACGCACUUCAGGAAGCCAGUGCGAACAAGCAUCUCCUUUAUAUAUUUCUGGAGAUGCUCCUGAAAGAACUCUGCCCUGAUCUGAGUAUAGAAAUGGAAGUGGUGUGAUCUUUACAUGCAGUUCAUGGUCUGAUAACACCCACACGUAUCCAUGGAGAAGGAGGGUUCACCUUGGCUUCUAUCGGGUUUGGACGACGGGGGGGGGGGGGGAAAUGUUUUUCCUUUUUGUUCUUUACUUUAAUGUGCUGGAAGGGUGUCGUUUUAUUUCUGAAUCGUUUUCCGACAAUACUUGACUUGUAGCACUUGUACUUGCAGGCCUAACUGGUGAUAUUUCGUUCUCUGUCUUAUCCGUCCUCUCAUCCUCAUGCUGAGUUGCCAGCCACCCAAGAUCAUUUGUUUGAUUCUUUUUUUUUUUUUUUUUGUAUGCCAGUUUGUUAGACCCAAUAUGGUCUACAAAUGUGAAGUUGUAGAAUGAGUGUUGUAUUAAAAAAACAAACAAAAAAAAACACGAAUGAAAACAUGGACCUCUUAAGCCUCCCUACAGUACAUUUACAUACAUUGUGUACAUACAUUGUGAUUAUGAAAGCUUUUAAUUGUGCAAUAUGUCAUGUAAAGUUAUUGUGACAAUUUCAUUUGUGAUAUUAUUAUAGAUUUUAUUUUUACGAAAAAUAGGCUAGAGCAUUUAUAAGCAAUAAAUUGCAAAAUAAUGUG